UACACAAACAGACAGACAAUACUCUCUCUCUCUCUCUCUCUCUCUCUCUCUCUAACUCUCUCCGUCUCUCUUAAAGUGGUGGCAACUGCAAAGAUGGCAAUGGAGAUGGCCAUCCGAGCUUCGGCCACCCCAAAACCUCAUUUGUCUCCUUCUUUUUCUUCUUCUUCUUCACCAUCAUCAACACAAAAAGCUUUUCUGAAGCCUCCUCAGUUCAGACCAUCCUCCUCUGUUUCUCUCCCUGCGUCCCCCACAAUCACUCUCUUGGGACUCUUCACGCAUUCCCAUGAAGCCAAGGCUCUCACUGUCCCCAAGGACCAGAUUGUUUCUUCUAUAACUGAAGUGGAGAAGACAAUUGACCAAGUUCAGCAAGUGGGUUCGAGUGUUUUUGACACUACACGGAGUGUGCUUGAAGUAGUGAUAAAUGCUUUGAAGCCUGUCAUUGAUUCAGCAUCCCCGAUUGCACGGCAGGCCGGAGAGCAGGCGCUGAAGUUAGCUUCUCCAGUUGUUUCUGAGGCUUCAAAGAAAGCCCAAGAGGCCAUCCAAAAUGCUGGAGUCGAUACUGAGCCUGUUGUCUCUGUCGCAAAGACUUUAGGUGACGCAGCACAGCAGUCCACCAAGGUAAUUGAAGCGGCCAAGCCAAUUGCUUCAUCAACAUUUGAAACCAUUUCUUCUGCGGAACCUCUCACUCUUGCGGGAUCUGCUGGAGCAUUGUUCCUUGCUUACAUCCUUUUUCCUCCUAUCUGGUCUGCUAUUUCUUUUAACCUCCGAGGUUACCAGGGUCAGCUUACUGCUGCGCAAUCCCUUGAUCUCAUUUCUACAAAGAAUUACGUGUUGAUUGAUAUCCGAACAGAGAAGGAAAAGGACAAGGCUGGCAUUCCUCGCCUUCCUUCUAGUGCGAAAAGCAAACUGAUUUCCAUUCCCUUGGAAGAACUACCGAGCAAGCUUCGAGGCCUUGUAAAGAGCGUGAAGAAACUAGAGGCAGAAAUAGCUGCUCUGAAGAUUUCUUAUCUAAAGAAAGUUAACAAAGGCUCCAACAUCAUCAUCUUGGACUCGUACUCGGAUUCAGCGAAGAUAGUUGCAAAAGCACUAACUAGUCUUGGCUUCAAUAACAGUUGGGUUGUGGCUGAUGGGUUCUCUGGCAGCAGAGGGUGGCUGCAGAGUCGUUUAGGGACGGAUUCCUACAACUUUUCCUUUGCGGAGGUUCUUUCUCCAUCACGAUUGUGUUGA